CUCUUUUCACCGCAUGAAACUUAGGAACAAUACGCAUUUCCGCAUCAACUUCUUGCACAACGAUUUAGCCAAUAUGGUGCUCACAGCUAAACUAUCUCUCAACGACCUCCACAUAGUUGGCGCUUAUGAACGAGUCAUCACCAAUAAUAACUCGUCCGAUUUCUUCUACGCCCCUACCUUCGGAGAAGUAGAACUUCUACUAAGAAAUGUUCAGUACACUGUGGAAGGACGGUAUCGCCUAUCACGAAACAAACUGUGGAUUGAAAUCAUUGUGUCUGAUGUAGCCAUAAGCGACAUUUUGACGAUGUAUAUAAAUAAGCAAAAAGCAAAUAAAACUUCUCCUUUCCCAAGAGAAAAUAUAGGUAGAUUACUGGACCUGUUGAAAACUAAUUUGGAUAAAUGGUUAAAAGAUUAUAUCAACGAUUACCUGACGUACUUUACAAAUGCAGGAAACAAAGCUAGUAGGAAUUUUUUAAAAUAUGACCAGGAAAAAACAAUCGCCCUCAACGAAUAUGUAGAUAAUGUAUUGGAGAGGAUAAAUGAGAAAAUAGAAUUAUAUUCUAUAACUGAUAAUUAUAUUCAAAGUUUCAAUAUAACAGCUGUAAAUGGCAUGGUAAAUUGCGCAUACGAUGCUGUGAUUCAUACGGAUAGGUACACAAAAAGGCACGGAGAUGUCGUUGUAUCAGCUGAUGAGUUUAUAGCUCACAUGAGCCUAACUCUAACGAAAGAUCAAGAAACUUUAGAUCUAAUAUUUGAUUCUUUUCAGCAUAUUAUACCGAAAUUUCUAACAAUAAGCGGACAUUUUAGAUUGUUGAUAGGAAAUUUCAAGCAUUUGCUUAAAAUACACGUUCUCACUUAUAUUUCCAACCUCAUAGCUGAGCGGAUAAGAAUGUUACAUGGAAUAACUAAAUGUGAGUACACACUUGAAGGUGCAGGACCGCAGGACGAGCGUUGGAAGACGGAACCGAAGAAGAAGAAAAUGUGA